CUUAUUGAUAGACAACCAAUAGGCUGUAUUCCUUCAAUUCACAUGCAUACAGAAGAUAGAAGACCAGAGAUUAUAUACCCCUUAUUGUUUGAUUCUGGCACUGUUUUUGCUCAAGUGGCAGUUGUCUGAAAAUGAAGGGUGUCUUGUCAAUGAUAGAGUGCGCGGGAUCGAGUUGGUACAAACGGCCCGGUAUACCGAACAAUUCGCGCGGUGGCUCAUCACUUGAACUCGAGCCUCUUCAUCGAUUGAGCAAGAGAGGGGAAACUUGUACUUCGUAUUUCAGUUGAAAGCAUAGCAGUGUUUCAUGGACUGCGAUAUCUGCGAUCGAAACAUCGUUCGGUCCACUUGCCACUUGAAAGACUUCGCUAUCUUGCAAGAUACACGUUCGUCGCUACCUCUUCUCCGUCGUGCAUCUCCUGUCUUUUACCAUGGCCAAGAGCUUCCAGGACACUAUCGUCCUCUUCGGAGAUUCGAUCACGCAAGAAUGGGCUGCUGGAUCUUUGGCACACCGAUUCACCUCCGCCUAUUCUCGACGACUUGAUGUACUGAACCGAGGAUUCGGAGGUUACACCUCGGAAUGGAACUUGCCGAUCUUCGAGAAAGCUUUCGCCAAGAAGAAGGAACAGAAGGGUUGUCCCGUCGUUCGGCUGGUUACCUUGUGGCUAGGUGCAAAUGACUCCACCUUUCCUCAAAGACACCAGCACCUGCCUCUCGAGAAGUACUCGGAGAACAUGAAAUACUACGUUAGAUCCAUCCUCUCCCCUUCGUCCGAGUACUACCAACCGCACGCCUAUGUCCUCCUCUUGACCCCACCUCCGCUCGUUGAGAAGAUGAGGGAAGAAGCCAAGCUGCAAUACCCGCCCGAGCAACGAACUCCUGCCGACCGCUCGUUGGACAACACUAAGCGAUACAGGGACGAGAUCAUCAAGAUCGGGGCCGAGUUCAAGCGGACCAAUCCAGAGUUUGCAGACAAGCUCAGGGUGAUCGAUACCUGGGCGCCUCUCAUUGCUGCGGCAGGCGGAGACGUACGGGAUGAAAAGGCCAUGAGGAGGUUCUUUACGGACGGUCUUCAUAUGACUUCGGAAGGGUACGAGAUCGUGUACAACGCUUGUUUGGACGUCAUCAAGAAGGAUUUCAAGGGGCUGGACCCGGAUGAUCAGACCAGCUUGCCGAUGACUUUCCCUCACUGGGAUUCCGUCGAUCCUAAGGCCGUCCGAAAGACGGUCGUCCAGGCCAAGCCCAAAUACGUCGUGGCACAAAAGGCCGAGACGGGUUUCCAGAGUAACGUCCUGGCCAAACUCCUUCUCUUCGCAUUCUUAGUAGCCGUCGUUCCUAUCGCGACGUAUUUCACGACCAUCAAGCACGCGUUUGACGGUGAGCAACUCGACGUCUGCUGCAAUCGCCGCCAUCGUGUCUGCCAACAUUGUCAUGGUAGCUUACGUAGUAGUGGCCUUUAACGAGGAUGCGGGUCCGGCGCUGACGAAAAAGACGCAAUAAAUUCUGUGGGAUCAAGAUGUCACACAUGCACGAGAUCAAGACCUGCUGUACCCUAUGCGCCGCAUGGCAGGAUGAGGCUAUGCCUAAAUUCGAAUCACAUCGAUUUCUGAU